AGUUGGAAAAGGUGACUAGUUUGACCAGUCAUGAAUCCAUAAACAUAAAGCAAGUAUAAUAGUACUACUUUGACUAUACCCAUUAUUCUUCUUCGUCUUCUUCUUCAAUUGUCUCGUGAACUCCCUUGCUUUUGCUUUUGGUUUUCGUAUUCACAGAAAUUGGAUUCGGAGAAAGAGAGAAAUUGAUUGAAUUGGAGGGGUGAUGAGGGAGUGAGAGAAAGGAGAAGAAGAUGAUGGCAGACAAGAAGAAAGGGGUGGCGGCGGAAGAUGGCAUAAAGGCAAUUGGAUUGGGUUACGAUCUUACCACCGAUCUCAGGCUGAAAUCGUGUAAGAAACAUUCCAGAUUGAUCGUUUUUGAUGAUGAACAGCUUCGUACCCUUCACCUUCCUCCUCGAAUUUCAAUCCCUAAUGUCCCCAAAUCCAUCAAUUGCGAUAAAGGUGACCGCAUGAGAUUAUGCUCCGAUGUCCUCUCUUUUCAGCAGAUGUCGGAGCGGUUCAACCAGGAGUUGUCACUGUCUGGUAAGAUUCCAACGGGCCAUUUCAACACUGCGUUUGAUUUUUCAGGAGUUUGGCAAAAAGAUGCUGCCAAUACCAAGAGUCUUGCUUUUGACGGUGUCUCCAUUACACUCUACAACAUUGCAUUUGAGAAAACUCAGGUUGUUCUCCGUGAUCAUGUCAAACAAGCCGUUCCUUCGUCCUGGGAUCCGGCUGCAUUGACGAGGUUCAUUGAGAAGUAUGGAACCCAUGUUGUAGUUGGGGUGAAAAUAGGGGGAACCGAUAUAAUCUAUGCAAAGCAGCGGUACUCCUCUCCUCUCCAACCUGCUGAGGUGCAGAAAAAAUUGAAGGACAUGGCAGACAAAUUCUUCAUAGACCAAGUUGGACAGUCUAAGGGUAAUGAUGUGGGGUUUAAUGCAAACGAAAAGUUUAUGAAGGACAAUGGGCUAGGUUUCAUGGAGAUUCAGUCUCGUGCCUACUAUGAAUCAGAGGUGCAAGAUAUCAAGUAUAUGUGCAAGAGGAAAGGUGGAAAUGGGAAAAAAUCUUUGUCCCAUAGUGAGUGGUGCCAAACUGUUAUGUCUCAACCUGAUGUGAUAUCAAUGUCAUUCAUACCAAUUACAUCCCUACUUGGUGGAAUAAAUGGGAGUGGAUAUUUAACUCAUGCCAUUAAUCUCUACCUACGGUAUAAACCACCAAUCGAAGAACUGCAUCAGUUUUUGGAGUUCCAGCUUCCAAGGCAAUGGGCUCCUGUAUUUGGUGAGCUUGCCCUUGGUCCUGAAAGGAAGCCACAAAAUACAGCAUCUUUACAGUUCAGUUUCAUGGGUCCUAAGCUCUAUGUAAACACAACACCGGUUGAUGUGGGAAUGAAGCCCGUGACUGGCCUACGAUUGUAUUUGGAAGGGAAGAGAAGCAACUGCUUGGCAAUCCAUUUACAGCAUCUCUCCUCUCUGCCCAAAACCUUCCUACUUCAGGAUGGCCCUAAUAGGAAUGUUUCUAAUGCCGCUUCUGAACGCAAGUACUAUGAGAAGGUCCAGUGGAAGAGUUUCUCUCAUGUUUGCACUGCUCCUGUUCAAUCAGACGAUGAAAACGCUGUUGUGACGGGGGCUCACUUCGAAGUUGGAGAUACUGGUCUUAAGAAAGUUCUCUUCCUAAGACUUAAUUUCUGCAAAGUUGUUGGUGCAACCCCAGUGAAAGGAUCGGAGUGGGAUGAUUCUCCUGGCCUGACCCAGAAAUCCGGAAUAAUCUCAACUUUGAUCAGCACUCACUUCUCAGGUCCACAGAAGCCACCCCCACCACCACGGCCAUCUGAUGUAAACGUCAACUCUGCUUUAUACCCUGGGGGCCCUCCUGUGCCCACUCAGUCACCCAAACUUCUAAGGUUUGUUGACACAACAGAAAUGACAAGAGGACCACAGGACUUGCCUGGGUACUGGGUUGUGUCUGGGGCAAGGCUUUAUGUGGAGAAGGGUAAAAUAUCACUUAAAGUAAAAUAUUCUCUUUUAACGGCAAUUUUACCUGAUGAAGAGAUGGCAAGUUAUUGAAAAUAUCAAAUGAGGCAGUGUGAAAGAUAAUCUCAUCAGAUAAAGUUCGAGGAAUGAGAUGGGUGUGUGUAUAUAAUAAUAGUGUCUGAUUCUUUUUCAUUGUACAUUUGCCAUUAUUUGUGUAUACCUGCACUGCAGAUCUUUUGGGGGAAUUCCUUGUAGUUUUCAGAAUGGCUUGUGUAGCAAUGCUCGUUACAUUCUUUGUCUGUAUGUUUUAAUGUAUUAUUCUAUGUUAGUGGCUUCUUAAAUGCAAUAGUUCCUUCUAUGUUUGCUUUGAAGACAAUGAAAGAACAUUCAUUUUAUACACUGGGAAAGUUAUGCAGUGUCUUAUAACCGUGAUAGGGAUAAAAAAUAAAAGGGAUCAGCAAUGUUGC